UCCAAGAUGCCACCAGACGAAGCUAUCGAAGAACUCGUCACGAAAAUUUUUAAUUAUGAUCUUUGUAGCAGCAAUGCCACAGAAGUCACAGAAGUCAUCUGCCAUUCUAAACGGGUUCUAACAGACUUUUGUAGUAAAUUUAAUUAUAAAGUUAAUACAAAAGUCAAGGAAUUCAAAGAAAUAAGAAGAAGUUAG